UUCAAUCCAAGCAGCCUAUCAAUAAUAAUCCCUUUGUGUCAGCAAAUCAACAAACAACUUUGUUUAUUCCGAUCAAUCUCCCUCGCUCCAUUAGUCCCGUCGUCGCCGGUCCGUCUGCGUCUAUCUCGUGCUCCCGGAGCUCUUUCCAAGUGUAAAAAAUAUAUAUCCAGAACCUUCUUCCGCGUGUGUGCGUUCGGUGUUUGUUUUGUUACAAGGCCUAUCCACCUACAUUUUACAUAGUUAGAGGGUGCGUGUCAUUUAUAGCUCCUCGCGAAUCCCACGUGUCCAAUCAAACUACCAUUAUUUGGGUUCACCCUUGGGUGAAUUCUAUCGAAUCCGGGUCAUAAAUCUGAAUUUGCGCAAUUCAGUGGCACAGAAAGAAAAAACCAUCGCAUCCAGUGCCCGUGACGAUUUAUAAUGAACCAUAACUAUGUGAGAAAAUGUGAAGAAUAUUUGGAAAAUAUUCCAUCCCAAAAGUUGCCUCCCCGACAACAACAGCGAGAUUCGGCAUCCGGGCAUCGAGGGAUGUCCCCUGCCGCCGCCAGUAGCCGAAAUCUAUCAUCUCGAAAACUGCUCCAGCAGCCGAUGCCGGGUGUCCGAGCAAAACAGCCAAUCAAUAAUCCUGGAGCCGUUGGUGUUGAUCUGGCAGCGUCGUUGGCAAGAGGUAAAAAGUUCCCUAAUUCGGGUCAGCAGGAGAAACAACAAGGCUUCAAAUUUAUUCGGCCCUGUUGUCGCCAGCAACAACAACAACAACAACAACAACAACAACAACAACAACAACAACAACAACAACAACAACAACAACAACAACAACAACAGCAACAGAAUCGAGUCGUCGGUGGAUCCAAAGCUCCCGGAGGACGUAAUGGCCUGGCUGGUGGUGGUGGUGGUGGUGGUGCUGGUAGGGGCAAGGCGAGUGAUAAUGUCAAUCAGCUUGACAACAUGAAACUGGCGGCGGUAGCACCCGAUGGGGAUUACGUUGGACGUGCUGCUGCUGGGUUGGGGCCAAGAUUGGAAGUUGGAGAUGGAAUCAAGCUGCAGCAGCAGAACAUGAAAAGUGGAACCGAGAGCUGGGACGGGAUACUGACGUCGUCGUCGUCGUUUGCUAUGGGGACGGCGACGUCGCUGUCGCAGAUCAAAUCAAAGAACGCACCGGAUCCUAUUUCAUCGCCCAUCAUCCCACCAGGACCAACUUUAACUCCAGCUGUGUCGUCAUCGUCAUCGUCGUCGUCGGCUUCGUCGUUGUCCAUUCGGCCAACCAGUUCGAUUGUGGCCGUUCCGCCGCAACCCCGACGACCCUCGGCUGCCACACUGGUUCCACCGACAUCAAGCCAACGAGUUCCGAUUUGCAAGUCAUCGGAGCUGGAAACCGGUAUUAAUUUAUUCCGUUUCGAUCCACUGAGGACCCUUCAAUUUUUAACGCUCGAGCUCAAGUCCAAGCUGAAAGCACUUGGUGGCAGCACCGGUUCAGAGCACAAACAGUUGUACAACAUUUCCAAGGAGCUUCUGCUGGCUGUGAGAGUAUUGACGGAGAGUCGGAACGAUGCUCAAAAGUCAACCGAAAAAUGCAAGCGCUGUGAAAUGCAUCCCUCCGAGCCAACUUUGAAUAUACCUGUAACUGCCACAUCUACAAAUCCAGCCAUGAUGGAAUGCGAAACCUGCUCCAAACUGCAAAACGAACUGAUUCAGCAAAGUGAGCGACACUCCCACGAGGCCGAGCAACUGAACGAGGAAAUUAAUUAUCUCAAGGCCCGGUUGCUGACCCAGCUCGACACAAAGGAGUCAAAGGCUUCAACUGAGCAGCCGUCCCAACCUCAACCUCAACCGGAAGCCUGCUACCAGGCGAUGGUAACCGAUCAGCUCCAACAGCGACUGGAGGGGGAAAUUAAGCGAUUGCAGACGAUGAUAAGUGACAAACAAACGCUCGAAGACGGUCUUAUCACCGAUCUGAAUCGGAAGCUGCAGGAAGCCACCAGUCGCUGCCGGCGUCUCGAGCACGCCCGGAAUGAAGCGGAAAAGCGUCUGCUGUACGCAACACUCGAGAACGAACGAUUGAACUUCCUGCUGAGUACUCAAGCAUCAACUAUGACCAACCUGAAAAGUGACUUCAAUGUAAUCGAAAACCUCGCCCACCAGCAAAUAGACUUGCUGCUGGAUCGAUCCCAAAGCCCUCCUAAUGGCACCCGUACAAGUGCCACUCGUCCCAGCAACAAGAAAGCAUCAAACCCCAUCAUCACCAUCAUCGAUAAUCACCAUCGCAAUUAUCGGCACUCUUCCGGCGGGAACCCUUCUUCCUCCGCUUCCGAUGACUGUUGCAGCAGCAGCAACAGCAAUCAGCAGCCCUUUCCUAGCCACCACCACCGCGAUUGGCAGCAGCAAUCACCAAAUGCCGAUACCACCAUCAGCACCACUAGUAGCAGCAUACUGGAAAAGCCUGAUGCAUAUGGUGUGGCGGUGGAAAAACUCAGGAAGCAAAAGCGCCAUUAUAGCUUUAAAAAUAUCGCUGAAAAAGAAAGUGACGGCGGUAAUGAUGCUAACGACUUGAGGCCAUCACAUCCACCACCACCACCACCACCAUCCACUAUGAGGGCGGCAACAAAGGCACUCGAGGGUGGAAGCUGCCAAGGAAGUGGUUCUGAGGCUGCAUUCCGACACAAGCAGGAUGAUCACGAGAUGAAUGUUCAUUGUAAGGCUGCUGCCUUUGUUGCCUGUGGCAGUCGCAACGCAGGAAAAACUGGGACACACUUCAAAUCGCCACCGUUGCAGUCUUCUUUGACGGGAUCUCUUUCAUCAGUGGCAUCCAAUCGUUUUGGGCCAGCCAGGCGCACAAUUUUGAUUGAUUCCGAUUGUGAGAUAUCACUGCCGGAAGAGGAGCGGCCCACCGACGACGACCAUGGCUACGGCGGAGGCAAUCAGACCUAUGCUGUCACCGACCCAGUGGCUAAAAAAAGAUUCCCACUUGCCGAUGGACCUACGGCUACAACUGCUGCUGAUGAAGACGGUGUCGGUGGUAUUGGUUCCAGCAAGACUAAUAAUGAUUGCGUCAGUCGUCUGCGACAACGGCAGGAAACGAACAUGGGGCAACAGCAGCCAGGUUUGGGACGGCAAGUGUUAGUGGCUGGCAGAGGGAGGCCUUCUGCGAGCAAAGGCAAAAAGGACAACGACGUCGAUGCCGUAGAAGAAAAAUACCCCAGGGAUUAUGGUGAUAAAUUUGAGCGGCGUGAAAGUUGCCUGCUCCAGUCGGAGAAGGAGCUUUGCCAAAAUCGUCCGAUAAUAGGUCAGAUUAGACAAGGGAACGGCAGCGACGAUGUGGAAGCAGGAAUCCACCCGAAAAAGGAUGCGAAGGUGUCGGCGGGAAGGAAAACCAUCUCUGCCGCUAACGAGCCCGCUUCCGCUCGAACAACGGAGGAGUUUUCUAUUGACUUUGAUGACAUAACACUGCCUUCGUCGCCGGCUCCAUUCGGAGGUGACUGUCUAUCGUCGAUUGCGGGAGAUCACGCCUCGGAUGACGAUUGAAUCCAGUGCAGACAUUUCACAAACAGUAUUGAGUAUCCGCAGACGUUGUAAGUGGAUGUUGGGCUAGUUGGGAACUAUAUUUCGUAUAGUUAUAUUUGAUGUGAAUAUCGUAUAAACUUAAUAAAAACAAACUCGGGCUUUAUUUACGAUACACAUAUACUCAAGGUAGCAGGUGUGGUUAUGCGAUUAGAUAUCAUUUCAAAUUGAUAUUCAAUAAUGUUCACACACCUCAAACAAUAUAAUCCAUUUCUUUAAAGAUACUUUCAUAAAUAA